AUGUUUCGUAGCUCCAAGAAGAAAGGACGAAAACAUGUAAUUCGAACAAGUCGCAAAGACGGCGAUUCGUCGGAUGAAGAUGACAUACCAGCCCCUGCGCUUGUCAUCACUCGACACAAGAAGCGUAAGGCAAAGGGUAUGGUGGUUCGAUCAUUCGAUGAAGACCAUGGAGAGUCCAUAUCGGUAAAUUCUUCUGCUGCUAUAAAAGAAUUAAAGAGCAAGAAGAGGAAAAAGCGGAAAGGCACGGGAAUGGGAUUUGGUGGCGGUGCGGUAGCUGCAGCUGCAGCUGUAGCUCAAGAGGAACAACAAGCCCAAAUGGAACAAGAGGAGCAACUGCCUAAACCAUUGUAUGACAAAGACGCUCUGCAAAAGUUGAAGGCGGAGCAAAAGGUGAAGCCAGUCGAGGUAAUAGCUCAGAAUUCACAGCCUACUGAGGAUUUCACUGAGGAUUCCAAUGCCAAUGUAGAAGAGAGCGACUUUAUAGCCAUGCAACGAUCAACGAAAGAAGAGGAAGAAGAAGAUGUCCCAUUUCCGAAUACCGGGUCAGAUUUACCUUCUUACCUCGCCACGGAAGAAGAUCCCGAAGAAUCGACUGAAUGGCAAAAUCAAGUCGCCAAGAGGGCUGGGUUCUCUUCGUUUGAUCGUGAGAAUACCCAAGCAAGCAAAAUUCCGUCACUCGAAGCACUCAAGAAUCAACUGAAAUCGACACUAGAAAACUUAGAGAACCAACAGGAAGAUUUGGGAAAUGCGAUCAUGCGACGGCAGGCUGAUUUACAACAAACAGAAGCCGAUUGCAAACGACAUGAGGAGACCCUGAAGGAGACUGGAAAGGCGUGCGAUUAUUAUCAAGCAUUAAGAAAUGAUAUUGCAGUAUGGGUUGGAGCAUUGAGAGAUUUACAAGCAAAAGUGAAACCAGUGUUUCAAGCACUGUUGCAACUUGUUCUUUCCUCCUUUGCCAAUGCAGAAGAAGAGUGGAAGAAGUGUCCGGAAGACGUCUUUUCGGUGCUCCAUCAAAUCAACGCAAUUGAUCGAUCACUUGGACAUCAAAUCCCUAUUCCACCGUUGGACGCCAUGGCGGUGACAGUAGAUGAGUUUGGCCGAGAUGUCAAGUCGCAGUAUUUGAACAAUCGCGAUAAAAGAUACAAGGCGCGCCUGGAGCAAACCACUUUGGAAUCGGAUUGUCAGGUUGGUGUUGAAGGAAGUCUCGAUUAUUUGUGGUCGGAAGAUAGUAAUCCAGGUGGCAGAAAAGAACGCUAUGAGUACUUGCAACAAGCCUUGCGUGUAGCGACUGAAGAUUUGAAUCAAGACUAUACGUCCUUGCAGAAACUCAUUGCAGUGUUUGACGAUUGGAAGCAGUCUUAUCCAGAAGAGUAUCGACAAUGCUAUGCUGUCCUUAGUCUUGGAGAUCUAGCUGCGGCUCUUGUUCAAGCAGAUUUCUGCAAGACAGCAGAGCUGUUUAGUUUGCAUACCAUGAGUUCAGAAUCAAAGAACGACGACUCCGUCGGUUUGCUGAAAGUACUAGAAGGUGUUGACGACGGAAUCGGUUUGGAGCAAGGAGAUUCGGGGGCUAUUCAGAGAGUGUUGGAGCAAAAUCAUGUGGUCUUGAUUCUGGAGGUCUUGAAGGAAUCGCCUUCUGCCUGCUUCAUUUCGUCCACGAGAAGUAAGGCAUUGUGCAAAACAUUGAAAGUUUGCUUAGAGCGAAUCGACAAAGAUACGAAGACCUAUUCCAGCUUACAAGAAGCUGUGUUCUUGGGUAUCCAAGGCGCUCUAGAGUGCAUUUCAAUCACUUUAUUGAAGAGUGAUUUCGAUGCGGGAAGAUCAGCCCGGGGGGUUGCAAAGGAGCAGGUUGAACAUGCAGUGCAGUUUUCCUGCAGGGAACAAGCAAAUUGGAUACAGCACAUUUUGGUGAACAUGCUGGAACACUGGCUUGUCGCGCUUCGAACUACUUCAAUUUAUGAUGCCAUGAUGGAACGAAUACUGCAGUUUAUUUCGGGAAGCUACCUCCUGCUUUUGUCUUCGAUGGACAAAGAGGUCGCGGCAACCGUCUUUGCACCGAUCUGGAUCGCACUGCAUAAGAAUCAUAGCAUUUUCAUGGAUUCACCGGCUUAUAUGAUUCAGAGUGCACCCGUUCGUGCUGCAGCCAUGGCGUAUGGAUUCAAUUUAUAG